AUCGGAUUAUUGCGAUAAGUAGAGUGUGCACAGUACUGGCAUUCAAAAUUUCAAGAUGGGCGCUAGAACGUCAAAAACCAAGAAGCAAAAUUCAGACACAAACCAGAGUUCUGUAACCGCUCAUCAUACAGUUACAAGUUCAACAAAGACGUUUGAUAGAAGAAGUACUGUUGGGCCAUCAGGACUGUACUAUUAUUAUCCAUUAGGACCUACAAAAGAAGUUAGAACACCGCCAAAACUUUCGCGACACCAUCAAAAUGUCAAAAACUCGAUGGAAAAUUUAAGAGAAAUGGCAGAGGAAUUAGAAGAGAAAAUGAUGAUAGCUAAUAUUCUUAGGGAAGAAAAUCUGCGAUCGAAAGGAAAAGCAGCCAGAGAUUUUGAAGAAAGAUAUGCAAGAGUGAUGGAAAGAAAAGCACUACUGACGGAGGAAAAAAUACAGAAAGUUCAAGACAAAAUGGUUUUAGACGAGGUCAGACUUUUGAACAGGCCAAAGAUGAAUAAACCAAGACUUAUGAGCCAUUCUAUUCCGCACCUCUCAAAACCUGGCACGAAUACCGAAACACAGCUCUAGAUCAUGAACUUCCGGCCCGAUGCAGAAACCAGACGAAAACCAGCACUGUCGUCUGUCAGUUCCGAAGUCCUCAGAUUUCUGGAAUAGAACGACAUGACUCACAUUGUAUUUUUUAAUCAGUUGAAAUAAUGAAAUAUUUAACAUUUCCCAAAUUCUCGUCUUCGUAGUGAUGACCAGCCUGCACUGAGUUUAACAGGUCUAAGACGAUCCAAAUGUAUCACAAUUGUUUUUGUUUGAUUGUUUAUUUAUUGUCUGUUGUGUAUUUAUAUGGUGGGAAUCCUCCUACACCUAUAUAUUUAUGUGCACGAUUAAGUUAGAUAAUAUCACGAACAUUUUUGUGUGUUACUUACUUUUAUUACGAUUUAUUACAUAUAUGUAAGUAAAUUUGGAUUAGAAUUGCAAA